AUGCCGGCGUUUGGAGGAGGCAUGGGAGGCAUGACCGGCAUGGGAGGCAUGGCCGGCAUGGGAAGCGUGCCCAUGCCCGCCAUGGGAGGCAUGACCGGCAUGGGAGGCUAUGGAGGCAUGGCCGGCAUGGGAGGACCAACCUAUGGAGGAGUGUUUGGAGGGACUAUGGGAGGCUCGGUGAGUGGUGUGUAUGGGAGAAUGGGAGCAUCACCGGGAGGCUUCGUGUCUUCCAUGAAUGCUACUAUUCCUACUUCAACCCAAGAUGACGAGGAAGAAGAAGAAGGUGUUGACUUGGAAAAUGCGGAAGUGUGA